GUGUUGACUGGGACUUCGGCUUUAGUCAGGAUACCUUGACCUGGGAAGAUGGCAAUAUUGAGCCCAAGUCCAUCCUCUUCCUCAUCUUCAACAAUGAUAUUGCGGAGGACACGAAGGUCGUAAAUUUGGGAAUCCAGACACUUCCCCUCAGUGCCAACCCGGGUGGUGAAUUGGCGGAAACCACC